UCGGGGCAGCUCCACCUCUAUUCAGUUCGUCUGUGCGAAAUUUAAGCAAUUAAUCAGCGAGAAACCAGCAAUGUCCGCGAUAGCUGGCACCCACAUUCGCCUUAAAAUGUGCGGUUAAUAUCCCCCCGCGAACCGCAACAAAGCGGUGGCCAAACAGUCCGACAAAAGCGACAGAAAGAAGCGAGAAGAAGAAGGCAAGAAUUAAACAAGUUUGCGUGGAACGAAAAUUGUGUGAAAAGAAAGCCACGCCGAAAUAAAUGCAAUGAUGUUUAGUGUUUAAAGAAAUUAGCCAAGGAGUUUUGAGUUAUUUGGAAGUCCGUUGUAAGUGGGUGUGCGUGUGUGCCGUGCGAGUGCGUGUGUGCUUGUUGUGAGUGGAGUGGAAGUGUCUCAGUCUGAGUGCAAAUGAAGUUGGCCAAGCCCAAAACGAGAAUUAAUUAAAGCAACUAAGAAAAGUGCCCUCUUGGAGGAGGAGGAUUAAAUACACCCAGGGGUCAAACAAGCCGAUCGGGAGCAGGACGAAAAGGACGAGAGAAGGAGCCAAAAUAUGGGCGAGGAACUGAAAGUGGUGCUGCGCCGCAGCGAGCAGCAUUCCGGUUUCGGGUUUUCGCUGCUCGGAACCACCGGACCGCCACAUGUCAUCUACGACAUCGUCGAGAAUUCGCCGGCAGCCGAUUGCGGAGCGGUUGAGGCCGGGGAUGUCAUCCUUAAAGUCAACGGAACGGAUGUCCAUCGCUACACAACGAAGGAAGUUCUCAAAUGCCUGCGCCUGUCGGAACAGCUGGUGACCUUGGAGCUGAAGCGAGAUCCCAAGCUCAAGGCGCGAAUCAAAGAGCAGCUGGCCAACACCCAGAGUCCGCACUAUGUGGACAUUGAGUCGCCGAACAUCUACGACUACCACAGCAGCAGCACCAACUCCUCGCCAAAUCACCGGCCAAACGUCGGUGGAAAGGGGGCGGCGACCACGCCCUCGCAGAGUGGACUGCGCUACAAGUCGCCCACGCACUUGCCCUCGCUGCGCCAGAACUCAUCGCCACUGCUGGCGAGUGGAUCCACCACGACCACGACCACCGCCACGCAUACGCACACCCACAGUCGCAACUCCUCGGCCAGCUCCACCAAGAUUAAGGUGGUGGAGACGAGCAUUACCACCUCGAUUACGGGCAUAGUGGGUCCGACAUCGCCCACUGGUGGUGGAGGUGGCGGCGGGGAAGCCACCUCGCCCACCUUCCGCCCCUCUCGCAUUCCACAGGCGCUGACCAAGUGUGCCGUUCCCAAGCCCGUGCCCGUCCUCCAUUCGCCCCAGAAUAAGCGGCCACGCCCCUCGCAGAUUCCGACAAAGGCGUCGAACGGAAACGGGAACGGGCAUACCGCCCAGCUGCCGCCGCAGUCGCUGCAGCACUCGAACAGUUACAGCGGCAGUCCAGUGACCCGGCAGCGGUUCACGGAUCGGGAUCAGGAGCGCGAACCGGAACCGAACUCGGCGCCACCGCAGCCGGCGAAGGCGCCUCGCUUUGAGGCUUACAUGAUGACCGGUGACCUGAUCCUUAACUUGUCCCGGACACCACAGACCAGCAAUCCUCUGCCCGCCCAGGCCAAGAAGGUGGACAGUCUUCGGGAUUCGCCCAGUCGCCUGGUCAAUCAGCGUAUCAAUGGCGCCCUAGCACCUCGUGCCUCCGGUGAGUCCUCGCCCACUUCCUCCUCCUCGGUGGACUCGCCCACCAACACCAGCUCAGAUUCGGUGAAGCGCGAGGCGCAACAGAGGAAACAACCACAACAGCAGCAGCAACAACAGCCUCACCAGCAGCAACAACAGCAGCAGCAGCGAGACAGCAUUAACAAUAGCUACAACCGAAAGGAUUCACUGACCAACGACACACUGCUGAUGUGCGAGGAGCUGGAGCAGGACGAGGAGGGCGAGUACGUCCUGGAGGAGGACAACAAGCAGCAGCGCCACCGCCAACAGCAGCAUCGCUAUCGCCAGCAGCAGAAUCAGCAACGCUACGAAUACUACCAAAACGAGGACGAGCUGGAGGAGGAGCAGGAGGAGGUGGAGGAGGAGCGGGAGGAGGACCAAACGCACUACGACAUCACCAACAUCGAUACCUACCAGAGUGGACUGGGUCGGGGCGAUGAGGAUGACAGCGAUCGGCAGUGCCUGGUGGACGACGACGACGAUGAUGAUGCGUACGACGAGGAGAACGAUGCCGGUGACGAGGACUACUCCACCAACUCGUUGGGCUCCGGUUCGGCCAAGCAGAGAUUGCGGGCGCUCAAACAGCGUACCGCCACCCGCCAGCAGCAGCGAAAUCGUGAUGCCGUCGACUGCGCCGGUCGCUCAGGAUCGGGAUCUUCGUCCACCACGGUCAAGAGCGAGGCGGGCGGCUUGGGCCCGGACGAGACAUCCUUCUCAGUGCCAACUUCUCCGAUCUCACUGUCGACGCCACUGAUCGACAAGGAGACGGCCAACUCGGUGCCCACCAGCCCGGAGCCCAGCUCCCUAGCGCCGGAAUCGAGCAGCGGAGCUGGUGCCGGAGCAGUGGUGGUGCGCAGACACAACGGGCAUGUGGUGCGGAAGUGUGAUGCCGCUGGUUUCCGCACCAGCAAGUCCGAGGACCAUCUGCAGCAGAUCCAGCGCGAGGGCAUCGCCGCCGUGAUACCUAUCGACAUCGAUGAGGAUGUGAAUAGCUCGCUGAACACGUUGUUGGACACGCGUCAGGACUCCGAGGACUCUCAGUCGAUGGCCACUGUAAUUGUAAACAACUCGUCAUUGGCCUCAAACAACAACGAGGGUGAGCAGAGCGACAACCGCAGCAGCAGCAGCAGCUCCAGCGACAACAAUAACUGCAGCAGCAGCAACAUCAGCGAACCAGCAACAUCUGUUACUGCAACAGCAACUGCAACGCCCACGACUGCAGCAACAGCGGCGAGAACGAUGAACUGCAGCAGCAAAUUAAACUAUAUUUUAUGCAAAAAGGCAUCGGAUCGCGAUCGGAUCGUGUGGACCUAUAAUGCCCCACUCCAGCCGCACCAGCUGGCGGCCCUCCAGCGACAGCAGCAGCAGCAAGAGCAGCAAUUCCAACAGCAACAGCAGCAACAUCAGCAGCAGCAGCAGCAACAUCAGCAGCAGCAGCAACUCUACGGUCAGCAAUCGCAUUCAAAUUCACAUUCAAGUUCCAUUAGUUCGUCGCCCCAGCACUCGGCUGUGGGCAGUCCGGCCUCGCCCACGUCGGUGUCCUCGUCGGUGAUGUCGUCGUCGGGCUCGAAGGGCGCCCUGGGCCUGGGCAGCAGCAGCAAUGGUCCCAUGGCCGCCAUGCAGCAACAGCAGCAGCGGGAACAGGGCGGCCAGGUCGCACAGCCGCCCAGCGGGAUUCCCGGUCUGCUAAGCUGCCCAGGUGGCGGGCCCGGGAACAAUGGUGGUGGUGGAGGUGUUGGUGGUGGUGGUGGCAACAACGAUCAGAGCGUCUCAGAGGCCAUUUCGAAUAUAUCUAGUCCCGACUACCAAGACGACGAUAACUUAUUGAGUUCUCGCGAUAUUCUAGGCGGCAUGGUACUUAGCGAUCCCAGUGACUCGGACUCCACCAUCCUCGUCUCGGACGCGGCCGCCCUGCAGCGCCAGCAGCUCAAGCAGCAGUUACGCGCCCAGCAGCAACAGCAGAGGGACAGGGACAGGGAGCGGGACCGGGAGCGGGACCAGUCCGAGCACAAGGUGGUCAUCCAAGUGCGCGGCCUGGACAGUAACAGCAGCGGUGGUGGCCGCUCCGAGGAGGAUGUGGUCACACUGACGGACGAGCCGCUGGGCACGAUGGCCAUCGGUCUGCGGGACGCCUCGCCGCCCGUCUCCGAUGAUGGCAGCGAUGUGGAGUCCCUCCACUCCUAUCACUACUCUCCCAAGGCCGUGGACAUGCCCUCGGCUAUUCGCCUGGCCAAAAGACUGUACUCCCUCGACGGUUUCAAGAAGAGCGAUGUGUCGCGACACCUCAGCAAAAACAACGAUUUUAGUCGCGCGGUGGCCGACGAGUAUCUCAAGCAUUUCACGUUUGAGAAGAAGUCACUGGACCAAGCGCUGCGUGAGUUUCUGCAACAGUUUUCGCUCUCCGGCGAAACGCAGGAACGGGAGCGGGUGCUGGUGCACUUUUCCAAGCGCUUCCUCGACUGCAAUCCUGGCACCUUCAACUCGCAGGACGCCGUACACACGCUGACUUGUGCCAUAAUGCUGCUGAACACGGAUCUGCACGGCCAGAAUAUGAAUCGCAAAAUGAGCUGUGCGGAAUUUGUUGACAACCUGGCAGAUCUCAACGAUGGCGAGAACUUUCCCAAGGAUGUGCUCAAGUCUCUGUACCAGGCCAUUAAAACAAAGCCGCUGGAAUGGGCGCUAGAUGAAGAGGCUGGCGAUCUGCAGCAGCAAAGAGCCAACAACAGUGCCCUGUGUAAUGUGGGUCAGAAUCCAUUCCUCGAUCCCCCGGAAUUGGCCACGGCUGUGGAGUACAAAAAGGGCUACGUGAUGCGAAAAUGCUGCUAUGACAGCAGCUUUAAGAAAACUCCUUUUGGCAAGCGUUCCUGGAAGAUGUUUUACUGUACGCUGCGUGAUCUUGUGCUGUAUCUGCAUAAGGAUGAGCACGGUUUUCGCAAGAGUCAAAUGUCCGACAAUCUGCACAAUGCAAUACGCAUACAUCACGCACUGGCUACCAAGGCCAACGACUACACCAAGAAGCAACAUGUGUUCCGCCUGCAGACGUCCGACCAGGCCGAGUAUCUGUUCCAGACCAGCGACUCCAAGGAGCUGCAAUCGUGGGUUGAGACGAUCAAUUAUGUGUGCGCCGCUAUAUCAGCGCCUCCGCUUGAGGGCGGUGUUGGCAGCCAAAAGCGGUUCCAGCGUCCGCUCCUGCCCAGCAAACAGUCGAAGCUGAUGCUGAAGGAGCAGUUGGAGUCGCACGAGGUUCAGUUGGCCCAGUUAGACCAGGAGCUCAACGAGCACAAGAAGGGUCCGAUUCCCAGCAAAGGCUUACCUUUGCAGAACUACAAAGAAAAGGAGAGCUAUUUGCAGUACGAACUGCGUCGCUACCGCACCUAUGUAAGCAUCCUGAGCGCCAAGAUGCUGGCGGAUCAACAGCAGCUGGAGCUGCAGGCUCUGCAGCCGGCUCCAGCGGCGCACGAGGAAGAGGCCGACACAUUCCCAGUGGGCAACACCACCACCUGCACGCCACCCACGCCGCAAAGUAUUAACCAGAAGGAGCAGCAGCAGCAGCAACAGCCAACGAACAGAAAAGAGAAGAAAAAGAAAUAAUUACGUUUUGUUUCGCUCUUGAUUUCGAUCAUUUCAAAACUCGCAUACCAACACUCACACCUUCACCACCAAUCCCCGCCUCCUGGCCAUCGAGAAGCAGGCGAAUGAAUGAAUUUGAAUAGAAUACUCCGAAAUGCCAGGCUGCCAUCGCCGGAAACACAGACUACAGAACCACACACCCCACUCGCAUACUCAGCACCACUCACCCACCCACUUACACUCAAGCGCUGCGGCUGUGCCGUGUCUGCCACUGAAGAAAUUCGGAAUCUGUACACAUUCAAUUACUUGAACCCCACUCCGGGGGUUAAGAGGAGAUCAUUUGAGAUAAUUAGACUACCAACACGAUAAUUAACGAGGGAGAGUUUUACGUUUGAAGGUCGUUCUCCAGAAGAUAUCGGCGUUAUCACGUCAAUCAAAAGGAUUAUCUCGAAUUCGAGCAUUUGAUUUCAUAAGUAUAAAAUGACUUAUCAAAAAUAGUGCUCUCGAUAUCGGUUUCAUCUGAUUUAAAGCUAUACAGUCUAUUCGAUUCGAAUUUGAAUUAUUGUUCAUUUUUGCUUCGCCAAAGAUUCUGCUGGACGACUGUUUAGGAACGAGAAUGAAAACUGCUUAUACACAUAGACUUAUUAUUACAAGAGUUGAUAAACAAUACUUACAUCAUUACCUAUGCUAUCAUUAUAAAUGAUAAAAAUAAAUUAUAAAUUAUUGAACAAUAUCUCUACGCAACCAGAAGAUGGAACAUCGGCAGAAACCGUAACACAAUGAGAAAACGAAACAAGAGCAUUAGCAUUAACCUAAGCAAUUACUACCAUACCAUGUACGACUUGUUUUUGGUCUUUUGCGAUACAUUAUCACAUUAUCUGUGUAGGUACACUUACUCCAAUAUUAUGUACGGAUCAAUAUAUUUAUUUAAACAAUUAUCGGUUGAUUACGCGACAUGUCCAUGUAGCUAGAAUAUGAAAUUGAUAUCGAUUACGGGAUAAAGAGAGAAGGAGGAAACAAUAAAUUUAAAUACAUCAUAUAUUUUUGAAUAUAUUAUAAUUAUUGUAUUGUGUAAUUAUGUAAAUGCAGAUUAUAUAACAUUGUUUAUAAUAAUUUUUAACAAUUCUACUGAAACGGCAAUAAAUUCAAAAAACAAACUAACUGAAAAGUGAAAGCAACUUGUCUGCAAACCAAUCGCCUAAAUGUAUGCAUAUUGUAUAUUUAUUUGGUCAAACAUUUUAACUGGCUUACGACGAGUGCAUCACUUAGUUUUUAAAGCAAUAACCCUUUCGAUUACAAUUCUCACGAACAUUCGUUAAAGAAAAAUUGCAAGCAAAUGGCGAAAAGGGAAACAAGAUGACGAACGUGAAGACGGUGAUUUUUAUGUGAACAUUUAUUACUAACUGAUAAGCUUUGAUUAAAUUUAGGAAAGCCGUUAUACUAUGCAUAUACACGUAUAUAUAUGAACUAUAUAUAGUAUAUAUGAAUGCUCAUGUGAGCAACCAAACAAUUACGAUAUGAAUCAUUAAAUACUUCCGAAAGCAUAAAGCCCCC